UUAUAUAUAUAUCACCUUAUUCCAUCUCCCAAAACCUCUCCCCCUCCCAUUUUCCAUUUCUCUGUCAUUAUUGUCACCAAAUUACACAGUUCACCAACACCAAUUUCUUACCUUUUCUUUCUGUCAAGAUCAUUACACACACACACAAACAGUAGCUCUCAACCUCAGAUCACAUCUGUGUAAACCAAGAAUCUGAGAAGAUUAACUAGUAGGAAGAGGGUUCAUUGAUAUCGAGAUGGAAAUUCCGGAGAUAAAUAUGAUAAGCGAUUUCGAGGCAGGAAUGAAAUGCCUGCAAAACCCAUCACUGAUUUCCCGUUUCUUUCCAUUUCCUGUUAACUUCUGGAAAUGGGGUGCUCUGAUUUUUGCGAUUUUUGCUACUUUCAGCAGCAUAAUCAAGAGAAUUAAGCUUAUUUUCAUCCGUUUUCAUACUGUGAAACCUUCUUCGCAUCUAAACGAUGAGAUUUUUGAGUUCAGCGAAGACGAUGACAUCUCCUUAGCAUCUUCAGAUGACGAACAAGAAGAAGGAGAAAGCAGCCCCACGACGUCGUCCCGACGUCAAAAUCGCGUAGAUGAAGAUUUCUGCGUGAAGGGAUCGCGUCUUUCUUUCAAAAAUCAUUGGCAGAAUGGUCAAUUGAGGCAGCGGAGGCGGCGGAGCGGCGGCGCUUGGUCCGAAUUUACUUCUGGUAAAAAUGUCGUUAAGCUUUGGGAUAGUUUAGGUUUGAGUCUAGAUUUCGAUGAAGAUCUAUUCAACUAUGAUCCGAGAAGCGUAGUUUCAACCUGGGAUUCUGAUCAAAACCGAAAGACAAGCGAAUUUUCAGCCGGCGUCUGGAAUAUUCCGGCUGCGCCGACCACAUCUUCUACGGUAAUUCUGACGGCGGAGUGUAACCGGAAGGGAGACGGCGUAAUUUUGGGCGGUUAUGAUACAAGAAUGCCAAGUCGUGUUCCAGCUAUAUAUGCGGAGUGGAACUCUCCGGCGGAGAAAGUGGCCGGUUUCGCCACCGGCGGAGUUGGCAAGGUUUACGUCAGGGAUGACGUGAGCAGGGUGAUAACAGUUGGUGAUGUGAGGAAUGUGAGGAGGCCGUUAGAGAGUGUGAGAGAGUCUGACGGCGAUACCUGGUGGGACGCUGACGCCGUUAUUGUGGAGGAGGAAUUUGAGGAGUCCGGAUAAAACGUGUAUCAGUUUAACACGGGAUAGCUGGAAACAAACGCGACUACGUUCUGGUCUUGAGUUGACGAGGCCAGGUUUGUUAUGAUCUGGAAAGUAGAGAGCGCAAAUUGUGGUCCAAAGAUCACAUUGUAAGAAAUUCAGUGGAAGGACACUCUUGUCCCAAUCUCUGUAAAUACUUAUUAUUUCAAUAACAUUUUUAUCAUAAUUUAUCAACUUCA